AUGGUAUUUAUAAACAGUGAAAAUGCGGAAGACACUGCAGACAAUGCACCUGCUCAAACUGACAUCGUAGAAUCAUGCAUCGCUCACCCGUUAGCUGUUCACGCUGGCGGUGUGCGGCCCGCAAACUUCACUGGUUCUGUUAGCGGUGCAAACUGCAAAGAACUAGUAGUAAAGCCUGACGUAGAUGGAUUCCUCAUCGGUGGAGCUUCUUUGAAGAUUGGAGUGGAUGAGAUGCUCCAGCGUUACGCCGGAGAGUUCGGUCCAUGGCAGCUCCGGCACUUCAUGCUUACUAGUGUUGUAUGGACUCUCGGUGCGUUCCAGGUGAUGGCAGUAGUGUUUGCCGAUCACCGGCCAAAGUGGCGGUGUAUAAGCGGCGGUGCUUGCCCAGAGACUAUGUGUGGGUUGCCGCAUGAUGCAUGGGAGUGGGAUGGUGGUCGAAGGACGUCAACAGUGGCCGAUUGGGAUCUCGUUUGCAAGGACAAGUAUAAGGCUGGGAUACCACAGUUUGCUCUCUUUGUCGGAUCUAUGCUCGGUAGUGGGAUAUUUGGCCACCUUUCGGACUCAUUCCUAGGGAGGAAACGGGCAUUGGCCCUAGCUUGUGCCAUGGGAGCCACCUUUGGUUUCCUCACCUCUCUAUCUCCAUCCUUCUACUUUUACACAUUAUUUCGCUUCCUCACUGGCGUGAGCACAGGUGGUGCCGGAACCUCCGUCUUCGUCCUCACCACCGAACCUAUCGGCCCAUCCAAACGCGCCACCAUGGGCAUCUCCACCUUCUACUUCUUUGCCAUUGGCACCAUCCUCCUGUCUAUCAUCUCCUACUUCCACCAUUCGUGGCGUUCACUCUACAUCAUCACCUCAAUCCCUUCCCUUCUCUUCCUCAUUUUCAUCCUUCCUUUCAUCUCUGAAUCCCCAAGAUGGUUUCUUGUUCGCCAUAAGAUAACCAGCGCCAUGAAGGUCAUGGAAGACAUUGCAAAAUCCAAUGGGAAACAAAUACCUGAUGGAGUUACACUAUCUUUGGAUUGCGGUCCUGAUCAAACUGUGGUGUCUGGUUCAAUCAUUGAUGUUAUCCGUUCUCCGGUUACUCGUCUUCGGUUUAUACUUGCUGUAUCCGUUAAUUUCUUGUGUUACGUGGCGUACUACGGCCUGGGUCUUAAUGUGAUGAAUCUUAAGACUAAUCUUUAUCUUGGUGUGAUACUCAAUGGUGUUGCAGAGAUGCCAGCUUAUAUACUUACUGCUGUGGCAUUGAACUGGGUUGGGAGGAGGCCAUUAACAGUUGGGAUGAUGUUGUUUGGUGGUGUGGUUUGUGGGGUUGGGAGUUUGAUGGGGGAUGUGGGGGUGGUACGGAAGCUGAAGAUGAUGUGUGGUGUCGUGGGUAUAUUUGCAAUGACCUCAACAUAUAAUUUGUUGUUUGUUUAUUCAUCAGAAUUGUUUCCGACUGUGGUGAGGAACGCGGCAGUUGGUUGCGUUUCGCAGGCCGGACAAAUAGGGGCCAUGGUGGCAACAUUUGUGGUGAUCAUAGGGGAUAGAUGGCCGUUUAUUGUGUUUGCAGUUUGUGGGGUGGUUGGAGGAGUAUUAGCUUGGUUACUACCGGAGACUUUGAAUCAACCUUUGUAUGAUACAAUGGGCGGGUUGGAGAAGGGUGAGCUUCAAAAGAGUGAUGGUGCAAGGGAUGGAUGA